CGCAGGUUCCCUUCUCCUGAUCUCCCAGACAUCAGAAGAUUGGUUCCGCUGAUCAUCGGACUGCAGUCGUCAGCAGCAUCAGACCAACAGAAGACAGGAACGUCAGAGGUCCAUAGUCUGCCAACAAACUUCUUCACCACCAUGAAGACUCCACAUCUCAUUGUGGCUCUGUGCUUGAUGCUCGUCCUGGAGGCGAUGAUCGCUGAAACUCUCAGCACAGAGGAGGAGGAAGGCCUGCAAAAACGUGGAUGGCUCAGAAGAACAUUUAGAAAAUUUAAAAAAUUUGGCAAGAAAAUCAAAGGCGCUUACGGAAGAAUAAAGAACAAAUUUAAGAGACCUAAACCUCAACCUCAACCUGAACCUCAACCUCAACCUGAAGAACAACAGCCAGAAGCAGAAAACCAAGGUGCUGACCAAGGCGGGGGUGAAGCCUCUGAACAAGGCGACGGCCAACAAUAUCUGUUUCAGAAAUAAGUGAGAGGAGGUCAAUGAUGUCGUCUACCUGUCUACCUAACAUGACCUAUGAAGACUUCACUCAGCGGUCAACAAGUUUCAGCUCUUAUAACAUUCUUGUUUUUAUAACAUGUUUGCUUUUGCUGGACUUUUUUCGUUAAAUUCAAUUUUCUAUUAAAAUAUUGUGCAUUUAUUUA